GCCCCGCCAAGUCAGUCCUAAUCUUACCCUUUCCUUCCCUUCGCCCCUUUCAUCUCUUCGCCGCCCCUAUUCCCUGCUCUCCGCCGUGGUGUAAACAGAAAGCUAAGAAUGAUGGGCAUAGCCGAACCACAAGGCAAGAAUGCUUGCCUUACUGUGCCUACCUCCUACCAAACGCACCGUAGCAUACAGAAGGGUAGAAGGUCGUAUCAUUGAGACCCCAGAAUCCAAACAGGAGGCCGGCGAACUCCAUCUUCCAGUUUCCAUAUAUUGGAACUUGAAACCAAUUUCAGGUUUUCAGGAGGCAUAUAGCCCAGGUGAAAAGAAUCCUGGCUAUGCUCCUUCUCGAGAACUAUGAUGGUUUUUAAGAAACAGUUGGACCUCCGUUUUCAGUUUCAGCUUACUACCUUGUUGGCUACCGGAAACCCCAUCAAACACAUUUCUUUCUCUUCUGAUCCUUCGGUAGCUCCUAGUGAUAUGCUCGCCCAGAAACUGGACUCUCAGUUGAAGUCAUCUCUUUCUUCAAAGCAUUGCCCUAAUUCAGUGAUAGUAGAGGCGGUGCACCUCUUUGAGCAUGCAGUUGUUGAUUUGAUGCAAGUUCCCUUCGCAUCUACUUGCAAUUUUCUCAUUGAAACUCUGGUUAAGAACAAGGCAUAUGGACUUGCAUUUGACGUGUAUGGUAAAAUUACCUGCACCCUUAAUCGUGCUCAGUUUACCCCACGUUUUUUAACUUUAGCUGCCUUGGUUGAGAUUUUCGUGCAUACCCACAAGCCUGAUUUGGCCUUUUCUGUGUUUGGAAUAAUUCUGAAGCGAGGUUUUGUUAUCAAUGUGUACCUUCUCAAUAUGUUGUUGAAAGGUUUCUGUGAAAAUGGCAUGGUUGACAAGGGGGUGGAACUUUUAUGUGAAUCAGAGGGGAACCCCAUGGUGUCCCCUGACAGAGUUAGUUAUAACACUCUUAUUAAAGGACUCUGCAAUGCAAACAGAUUGCUGGAGGCUUUGGAGUUGAGGGCUGGUAUGGAAACUGCAAAUCUUACUCCCGAUUUGCUCACAUAUACUAUAUUGAUGGAUGGAUUUUUCAGGGACGACAAGGUGGACGAAGCAAUGGGAUUGCUGGAGGAGAUGAAGAUCAAGGGGUUGGAACCGGACGUGUUUACCUAUAGCACACUGGUAAAUGGGCUUUGUGGUAAAGGUAUGGUGGACAGAGGCAAAGAGCUGUUUGAUGAAAUGCUAGUGCAAGGGGUAUCUCCGAACGUAGUCACAUAUACAUCUUUGAUAAAUGGCUUUUGCAAGAAGGGUCAACUUAAAGAAACCAUGGUGAUAUUCAAUUCUAUGCUGGAGUGUGGAGUCAAACCUGAUACUGUCACAUUUACAAGCAUAAUCGAUGGGCUUUGCAAAGACGGGAAGGUAGAUAAAGCACUGCAGGUGUUUAAUCUGAUGCUGGGGAAAGGUCUAGGACUUGGAAACACAACUUACAAUGUUCUGAUCCGUGGACUGUGUACUAAAGGAUUACUAACCGAUGCUUAUAAUAUUUUACAAGUAAUGAUAGAGAAGGGUGAGAAGCCAAAUGUGGUGACCUUCAAUACAAUCAUGAUGGGGCUUUGUGACCAUGGGAAGGUAGAUGAUGCCUUGUCACUUUUUAACUCAAUGUGUACAGAAAAGGAUUAUGCUGAACCAGAUGUCCGAACGGUCACUCUUCUGGUUCAUGCAUUGUGUCAAAAAAAGCGCACAUGUCAAGCUGCAGAGAUUCAUGAAAAGAUGAUGAUUAAGAACAAGCAUCUUGUCGAUGUCCAAACUUUCACUGUGCUCAUAGGAGCUCAUCUAAAGGAGGAAGGUGAUGUUGGGAAAGCUAUGUGUACGUGGAAGAAGAUGACCGAACUUGGCUUUAUUCCAGACUCCUUGUCCUAUGGGACCUUAAUCGACGGGUUUUGCAAGUUAAAUAUGCUAAACAUCGCAAAGGGAAUUUUUCUAACCAUGAGAAACCGUAGGGUGUUCGACUACAACUCGGUCAUGGCAGCUUUAUGCAAGGAAAGCAGCAUAGGACAAGCAAAAGGAUUGUUUCAAGAGAUGUUAAAUGACAGAGAGUGUAAACCCGAUUCAGUCACAUAUAAUAUCAUCAUUGACGCAGCUUUGAAAGCCGGAGACCUGCAACUUGCUGAACAACUGCUAACCCAUAUGCUUCAAGAGGGGUUGAAACCCGACGCUUUCACUUUCUCCAUACUAAUAAGUAGGUUUUCGAAUCUAGGGCAGACCGAGGUGGCAAAGAAUCUGUUUGACAAAAUGGUCGCAUCUGGCUUCACCCCCGACAUCCUUGUUUAUGAUUCUUUGCUCAAGGGCUUGAGUCUGAAGGAGGGCAAAUCAGAUGAAAUACUUCGGUUGCUCCACGAAAUGUCGGAUAAGGGAAUUGUUUUAGACUCCAAAAUCACUUCUACUAUCUUAAGAUACCUUAGUGACACACCUGAAGCACUCCAUUUGGUGGAGCUUCUCCCGAACUUUCCCAGGCAGCAGUCGAAAGAAAUCUUUGUGCCAAACUUUCCCAAGCUUUGGUCGUGUUCUGCUUGAUUCAUGCCAUAACUCUGGUACGUUGUGGGAAUAUUCUGAGAAUUGUUUUUCUUAGGCGGGGAAUGAGUGGAUCUGUUAAAAUUAGGGAAUGUAAAAUGUACUCCGUAGUAUUUUUGUUUGUUUUUAGCUGCUGUUAGAUAUGGGGAGGGGAGGGAAAAUAAAAUGACUGAUAAAGCUCUUAUGUUUGU